AUGUCCUUGCCGCUUUCGCGCUUGAGUGCAAUCGCCAACGGCGAUGCUGCAGCGUUGACGAAGGCCCGUGCCCAGAUCGACCAGCUGCGGCAAGAGCUUCUCCAACUGAAAGCGAAGGACGAGGAGUUUGUGGCGAUGGCCAUCAGCAAAUCCUUCGGGGAUGCCAACGACAUCGACCUCACCUCCACGAAUGGCGCACCCCUGAGGGACCGACUUCGCUUCUGGCUUCUGCGCUAUGCGGAUCUGGAGGCCACACUUUGGUUCGAGCACCUCUGCUGUGGACUUCUGAGCCCCAGCGCGGAGGAUGAUUUCGAGCAGCUGAACCCUUUCCUGGACCGGGCCAAAGCCGCAGGUCUUCUCAGCCGGCUGACCCAGAUGAUGCUGGUGGCCGGGCGUGUGAUUCAGACCUGCCGCGCUUUGGACAGCUGCCACGACCUGGCGCAGCUUCUUGCAAAUCCGGAGUCCGCUGGGUCCGCAGUGGCCCUUGCAGCUGGUCUUGGGGAGAAGGCGCUGCUGCUGUUGGCUUGUUUGUUUGGGGAGGUUGGGCUGGGCCUGGGAUGUGGGCUCUAUUUCCUACAGGCAAACGUUCUCUGCGGCCUCCUGGCGUCCAAGCGCACCUACAUCGAGAAGAAGGAGGGUGGCACAGGCUUUGUGGGCAGCUUCGACCCCCACUUUCUGGUGUUUGAGUUCGUCACUGGCUUUUUGCUGCGACCUCGCCAGGUAGAGAUGGUCAACGAGUUCUCCGAUGCCCUGCGGACGGGCAAGUCGAGCGUCAAACAGAUGAUCAUGGGGGCCGGCAAGACCUCGGUGGUUUCUCCGUUGCUGGCGCUGAUGCACGCGAGUGGUUCACGCAUCGUUUGCCUCGUAGUGCCGCCAGCGCUGAUCAGCCUUUCCCGCUCCGUGCUGCAGAACUGCUUCUCCACGGUGGUGCAGAAGCGCGUGUCGACCUUUAAAUGCGACCGAUCCCUUGACCUCGAGGUCCUGUGCACAUUCCGUGGUCGAUAUCGCACUCCCGCCUCGGUUCGGUAUACUGCGCUCGCUCGAUGUUGCGCAAACAUGGCAGGCACUUGCUUUCCCUUCUCGCGGGCAUGCAGGGCGCUUGAACGCGCGAUAAUGUUCGAAUCCUACCGCACUGCCGUGCGCAUGUCGUGCCCUGUGUUUGCGGUCCACGUCGGCACACUUUUAGUCAGCACGGACCCCAGACAGUGUAAGAUCAUGGCGAUGGUGAAUCAUGCGAUGACCCGAGUUCGCGAGCAGCAUGCGCAUAGCGCUAACAUCGCGAAAUGCUCGUCCUUCAGCAGAGACGGGAAAGUGCUCCCCACAUUUGUGUGA